GACUCUUCCGACUCGAAGCACCCGACCCCUAGCCCGGAGGACCCGCUCGACUUUGCCGACGUGCGGUCCCGCCUGACCAAGCACGACGAGCAAGCGCAGGACCUGCUCAAGAAACUCAAGUCGGGUGGGCGCUUCAACCCGGACAUGAUCGGGGCGCUAAAAGUGCAACCUGACCGCAAAGAGCCCGUUGCGUACCCCUUACGCGAGUUGGCGCAGAUCGUGCCCCGGGGCGGCCGCACGAUCAGUCUCCUCGUGCAUGAGGAAGCUUCCAUCAAGCCCAUCAUGAGCGCGAUCCAGGGGAGCGCGGAUUUCAACCAGCAACCGCAGCGAUCGCCGGACAACGAGCUGGAGCUGAUCCUAAAAAUGGAGAUGGAGAAGCGGGAGGACAUCGUGAAGAGGGCGAAGGGGAUCUGUCACGAGUGGAGGGAGAGGGUUAGGCAGGUGCGGCAGAAGCGGGAUAAGCUGCAUGCCACCUGGAAAAAGGACGGGUCUAUCUUGCCGGAUUUGAAGAAGAGGGCUGAUACGGAGUUGGAGAAGAUUAUUAAGGCUAAGAUGGCGGCGAUUGAUGCGGCCGAGAAGGAGGCUAUUAAGGCAGCUGAGAAGUAG